AGCCGCUUCGGCUGUGUUUGAAUGUUUAUUUUGAUUCAGGAUUUAAUUUUUCGCAUCAAGCUGGGCAGAAAAUUCAAUCUAAACCAUGGAAGUACUCUCCAGCGAGAAGUAUCUGAUAGCUCGCGCUAAGGAAACGACUGAUCCGUACACGGCCAAAGCAUGGAUCAUCGCGGCAAAGACGCUCUUUCCGAACGACUUCGGCGUCCAGUUCGAGGCGUACGAAAUCGAGAAGAAUGCUAACAAUUUUGAGGAAGCCGCGAAAUGCUUGAGUUAUAUAAUUAUGACAUUCCAAAACGCCCAUCAGACACCGGCCAACCUGUUGAACGAAAUCUCACUGAUGACGUCCGCGCUUCGAGUGCCGGAAGGGACCACCACUUCGGAGCAGGAAUUCUACGUUAAAAUGUUCCAGUACAUUUCUUACGAGGUGCAGCACAAGAUCCUGCUGCUCACAGCUGCCCACUCCAAUAAUAAUCUGGACCAUUGCCGCUUGAUUUUGCUGUUGCUGAAAAGAUUCCCUCAAGCGAUUUCCACUCAUGCUCCUCGCCUACUGGAAACUCUAGUUCAGAACAUAACGAUACCGAGCUUUAAGGAAAUGUUGGUACAGGAAGCGAUCCCGCUGGUUUACAAUCGUCCUCCAGAACUACCGAGCAAGUUGGUUCAUCAAAUCAUGGCCGUUUGCUUCGAGUAUUAUCUGAAUCAGAUGCUCACGGAAACUGAGGAUAAAGCACGAACGAUCGCAGAUUGUUGGCGUAAAAUUUUCGAAAUACUUGAAUUUUGUGCACAGAUUCUCAAGUGGGAACCGUUCGUGCCUUACAAGAAAGGUUGGAGCAAGGAUAUCUACUGGCAGAAGAUCAUUCAAAUUGUGCAGUCUGCUCCGCCGAGACCCUCCGAGAACAAACAGAUUCUAUUUUGCGCUACGAUCGUGUUUGUGCUGUCGCUUCAGGAGUACAUUAAUUAUUCCCGUCUGAAAGGAAAGGACAAUGAGAUUGAGGUGAUUCUCGUUGAAGGUUUGAAGGAUUUGAAAAUCGAUGUAAAACGCCGUCAGAUGGAAACGGUUUUGGAGAUUCCACAGGUGGUUGUCAAUGGACCGGUUAACCCUGAUGCUCCAAAUUGUUUGGUAACGUCGUACAACUGUUGGCAGCUGCUGCACUCGAAUGAAAUCCUGAAGGCCGACUUUACUCAGCUCAUUAUAUGCAUACCGGGCUUAUCGCUGUGGAUUCAGAAAUUCUUAAUCGACCUAUCGGUUUACGUUAGACAGCACGAAGAAACGCAUUCGCUGCUUCAAUCUCAAAAUGCCCGCAACAUGUCCCAGCUGGAGAAAAACGUCCGCUUGUUUGGUGUUGCAUUGGUACAAGGGAGUAUAAAUGUCCAUUUGUUUGAGCUGAUGAACAGCAUUCUGCAGAAUCUUCCCACCACAAAUGGAUACUAUUUGCAAAACGUCUCCCUUUACCCAGCGCCCCGGGUGCUGAUGCUAAUGCCUCUAACCAAGCGUGCCAUUCUACAUUAUAUAGUUCAAACACUCAUUACCUUCCUCAAGGCCAAGCUAAGCGACCCCGACUGUUCGAACUCCGUUAUGGGUAAUCUUCUCGUUUUGUGCCAGCUGAAUUGGCCUGACGAAUCCACAAUCGUGGAAAUUAUUUUCGAAAUUAUUAAAUCGAGACGUCAAUUCAGUUAUCCCACCUGGACGAAUUAUGUGGUAAACGUGGAAAUCGUCGAAGAGUUCAUGUAUAUGUGGCAAAAUUGUCCGGACGUGAAGCUGGAGUUGGCCUUGCCGUCGAGUAGUAGUACCCUAGCCGCCGCAGGGUCCAGGCGAAUCGGAACGCGAGGAGUGGAUAAGGGCGUAAAGGAGGACUUCAAGCAGGCGAUCAAACAGCAAAUUUCACGUAGCAACGAAGAUCUGGAUGAGCUGUUGGUGCAAUUUCUGCAGCAGCAACAUUUAAGCUUGUUGCAGAAUAUUUUCGAGAAAUGAUGAAAUUGAUGGACAAGGUAGAAUUGAUUGUGUAGGAGA